AAUCGGGGUGGCCGGCCCCGACCGCAUCCCACCUCCACAUAGCAACGAUAGGGUUUCCUUCCCGACGACGCCAGACGUCCCAGCCGCCGCCACUCUUCCCCGGAGUUCCCUCUCCCCCUCCCAGGCACGCGCCGCACAAAUAAGGGCACCGUUGCUCUCUCCAGAUCGUAGCACCGCAGUCAGGACCAUGGUGCUUGAAGAAAUUGUUAAGCAACGUAAGCGGCAGCUGGUCCACGAACUGGCCUCUGGGGUUGUUGUUGAAGUGUAUCAGUUCACCCAUGACAUGCAGACUUGGAAAACUGGGAAAAUAUUUAAUCCAACAGACAAGAAAAGAGCAUUAUUUGGUAUAGGAGCACGAGGAAACUCGAUUCUCAAUUUUACAGCCAAAGGAAGAGAUGCAAAAUUUUUGGUGGAUGUACAAGGAAAGAAGCAUGAAUUGGAGGACAUGAUGGAUCAAAGCUUUAAAGUGAAACACACUGGCAUCUUAAAACCAUAUUUUACUGUUCUUAACGAUGAUUUAGGAAUGAUGGUUACUGGAUUUAGUUCAUGGAACGUGUCAUUCGUGGACUGGUUACAGAAGCAAACCGCUCAGCCAGGCAUCGCAGGACGUUAUCUGUCUGCUCAAGAAAUGGAUAUACUUAUCACCAUAUACAAAGCCAUUGAUGAGAUAUGGAGAAAUGGGUACACAUCUGAUCAUUUGGCUGACCAGGGCAGUUACGUCUUCAUAGAUUCAAGGAUUAAGAUUCUCCCUUCAGUCAUCCGUCUCCAGAAUCCUGCAGACGUCGAUUUCAUGGUACUUCGGAACGCUUUUGCGGACAUGAUUCAAAAUCAUCUGUCACCCGUAUGGCCUAACCCAGAAUUAAUUGAUUUCAUUCUUCUUUUGAGGAAUGGAGUUGCAGGCACAAAAGACAUUCUUGACCACCCAAUUUUACUCGCUCCAAAGCGAAGGCAGCUUCUGUACCAAUCAUUAUAUAUUCCCAACAUGAGUAUCAACAAAGCUACAACGCUGAAACAACAAAUCCCAGUUAUCGCCAAUUGGCAAACCACAGUUCCCCAGCACAAUCGUGUCUUGGCGAGUAUCUUUAAUGGUCAGACUUUUGCUAAUGAUACAUGUGGCGAGCUUCACUUUGCUAGUGUUACAUCUUGUCACUAUCUCCAGCAUCUCAAGAGACUAAGACAGAUGGACUGGUCUAACUACAUCUCUGAUGAUACAGUUGACAAGUGUCUGAAAGAUUGUCUACCUAGACUACUCAGCAUGCGGUAUGGGCUAAAAUUUAAUUUGCUUUUUCGCAGUGCGUAGGAGUUUUGCUCUGAGUAAUCAAUUGUCAGCAGGGAAGUUCUUUUGGUGUGCUCUUAAGUUUUAACCUGUCUUAUGGAUUGGAAUGCCUAAGAUUCUCACUGCCCAGUGUGGGCUACUUUCCUGUAAUAUCAUAUGGUUGAAGUUGCCACACCGACUAUAAGGUCUAAGAUUCAAACUAUCUUGCAGCUUAUAAGGCCAACGAUGAACACAUUAUCUUUUUAUUGUCUCCGUCUGCAAUUGGUAGUGAUAGUCC